AUGACCCCAAGCAGCCUUCCAAAGUUGGGGCAAAAUGGCUCCCCAUUCUGGCAUAAGGACAACAAAGUCAAGGAGCCUCUCUCCUACGUGGGUCCAGUAGAGAUCAUCGGAAUCGGAGUCCUGAUCUUCGUCAUCUCCCUCCUCCUCCUCCUCUACACUAUCUUCAGGAAGAAGAUCAGGUUCCAGAGGAAGGACUCCGACAGUGGUUUCAGCCAGGAUGGAGGAGGGGCAAAGGAGGGUGUGGCGGUGGGUGGGGUCGGGACGGGGGUGGGCAUGUCUGCUGUAUCCGUGGAGACCAGCUACCUGCUGACAAAGACGGGGAUGGGGUCAGAAGGCAUCGAGUUCAAAGCCGUACGUGUCGCUGCUGACCCCCGACCGCCCGGCACUGCCGAGGUCAGCGUCGGUAGUUAUGGCGACAGAGAUGGAGGUCUAGGUGGAGGUGUGGUGACAGGUGGAGGGGUAGGAUUGGGGCCUCCUCAGGUGAUGGUACGGCCAACUACACACCCGACGACGAUGCUACCUGGUUGGCCUGGCAACAACAACAACCUAGCAAUGAGAGGUAUCGAUGGCGAUAACAUGGCUACCAGCGAGAGCUCUCUCUCUACCAGUCAGAUGAGCAGCUUCUUGUCGUCUGAAUCCUCGCAUCACAUCCUGGGCAGUGCUAGUAGAAGGGGCGUGGCCGUGUGUAGUGUGGUGCCCAAUCUCCAGCCCCUAUCGCCCUGUCACUCAGAACGAAACCCCACCCAUAAAGCUCCCUGGGAGAGGCAGGGAGAGAGGGAUGGAAGAGAGGAGGAGUGGGAGCAGAGAGCAUAUGAACUGGAGAGAACUCAGAGAGCCAGCUCUCCUCUUGUGGAGGAUCUGGUAGAAGAGGUGCCGUGUUUCUCAGACAGUACAUCUGAAGCUCUCUCUCUCAGCUCCUACACCUCAGACUCCUUCGAUGACAACGACAUGCCGACUACCGAUGAACAGGCUCUCAGUGUUACCUUUGGAGGACCACAGGAAGUAGGCCUCAGCGUCCAGAAGGAGGGAGGCUCUGGCACAUCGUCACUGUUGACCAUGUUCAACAGGCGAGUCAGUCUGGAAGCCAAUCCACUCAACACCCGGAACACCUGA